AUGGCGGCGCUCAAGGGCAGCGAGAUUGCUGAGCACAAUGACGCCAAGUCAUGUUGGGUUAUUGUUCAUGGCAAGGCGUACGAUGUGACCGAGUUUCUACCUGAACACCCCGGAGGACAGAAGAUCAUCCUCAAGUAUGCCGGCAAGGACUGCACAGAAGAAUUCGAGCCAAUCCACCCCCCUGAUACUCUGGACAAGUUCCUAGACAAGUCCAAGCAUCUGGGGCCGGUUGACAUGGGCACCGUCGAGCAGGAGGUGAAGGAGGAGGACCCGGAGGAGGCUGAGCGUCUGGAAAGGGUCGCCCAGAAGCCUCUGCUGUCGCAAUGCUACAAUCUCCACGAUUUCGAGGCCGUCGCGAGGAGGACUAUGAAGAAGACGGCCUGGGGUUACUAUUCCAGUGCAGCUGAUGAUGAGAUCACAAUGAGGGAAAAUCACAGCGCUUACCAUCGCAUAUGGUUCCGGCCUCGCGUUCUCGUUGACGUUGAGAAUGUCGACAUCUCUACCACGAUGCUGGGAAGCAAGAGUUCAGUCCCCUUCUACGUCACCGCCACUGCUCUGGGCAAACUUGGUGACCCUGAGGGCGAGGUCGUCCUGACCCGGGCCGCUCACAAGCACGGUGUCAUUCAGAUGAUCCCUACGCUUGCAUCCUGUUCCUUUGACGAGAUCUGCGACGCCCGUAAGGGUGAGCAGGUUCAAUGGCUCCAGCUCUACGUCAACAAGGAUAGGAAAAUCACACAGCGCAUCGUCCAGUACGCCGAGGAGCGUGGCUGCAAGGCUCUCUUCAUCACCGUCGACGCCCCCCAGCUGGGUCGUCGCGAGAAGGACAUGCGCUCGAAAUUCACCGAUCCGGGUACGAACGUCCAGGAGGGCCAAGAGACCGAUAACAGCCAGGGCGCCGCCAGAGCCAUCUCUAGCUUCAUCGACCCCAGCCUCAGCUGGAAGGACAUCCCCUGGUUCCAGAGCAUCACUAAGAUGCCCAUCAUCAUCAAAGGUGUCCAGCGAGUCGAGGACGUCAUCAAGGCCGUCGAGGCCGGCUGCCAGGGCGUCGUCCUCUCCAACCACGGCGGUCGCCAGCUCGAAUUCGCCCGCUCGGGUAUCGAAAUCCUCGCCGAGACGAUGCCCGUCCUCCGCGAGCUCGGCCUGGAGAACAAGAUCGAGAUCUACAUCGACGGCGGUGUCCGUCGUGCCACCGACGUCCUCAAGGCCAUCUGCCUGGGCGCCAAGGGCGUCGGUAUCGGCCGACCGUUCCUCUACGCCAUGAGCGCCUACGGCCAGCCCGGUGUCGAGCGCGCCAUGCAGCUCCUCAAGGACGAAAUGGAGAUGAACAUGCGCCUACUGGGGUGCAACAAGAUCGAGGAGCUCAACUCGAGCCUGCUGGAUACCAGGGCGUUGUUCACACAUACCUCGACGCCCCCGGACCACUUGUUCAGCAGCGCGUACGAGUCCCUUGCCACGCCUGCGCAGAGACCCAAGUCGAAACUGUAG